GAUAUCGUGUCCGUAUGGAAGGGUUAUUUAAUACGCUGUUGUGGAGAGCAUUCGUCUUGUAAAGGGAAAGCGAGAUACGUUCAAUGUGGUGAUGAUACAAGACCAUCCCACGCGUGCUGGGAUCUGUGGCGGAAGUGGGUGUUGCGGUGCGUGUGUCACAGGCCCGGUAGUGAACGCUUCGAGAUACGCUGUUGCCAGUGUCAGACCUUGGAAACGGUCCUCUCCUUGGAAAUGGAAUGUGAAAAGUUUGUCGAGAAAAAGGGAAAAGUAUCAACUCUUUUUCCCUUGAGAGUAAGGCCGUGAAGUUCCCCCAUUCGGCUCUCUCCUAGCAAGCUAUAUGAUAUGUUAAAAUGAUUUGUGUGUGUGAUUUUUCUAUGUUUUCCCUCAUGACAAACUGAUUUUAUCAGGUGACUGACUUCCUUUGUGACAAAAGAUACAUCCACAUGCAAGCCUUCAGACUCACUAAGGUUUGGGACCUCACUCCGCUGACAAGAUACCGCAGGAGGUUAAAAAUAGAAAACACCCCCAAAAAAUAGGUGUUAGCGGAUUUCCCGUUGUAUCAUAGCAAGAAUGGCAGCUGCACCGACACCGCCACCUAGCUACAGGACUUCUGCAUCGACACCGCCACCUCUCUACAGGGCUUCUGCACCGCCUUACUCAAAUUAUACGCCGGUUCCUUGUGAUGUGUCUCAUGCCAGUGGCGCCCCGAAAGGAACCAAGGACUUGUACCUUAAAAUUGCUUUCGCGGUGGUCGUAGGCGUGGCUGUGGUGGCUAUUUCCGCCCUCAUCUACGGCUACGUGGACGCGAUGCGGCAGGUGCGGGAGGCGCAGAACGCGUCGAGGGACCUCUGGCGCGAGGCCUGGGACGCCCGCAAGGAGACGUGGCAGGCCCAGGACGACUCGAGGGCGGCGCAGGAGAAGGCCGAGCAGCUGGCGAAGAAGGUGGCAGAGGUACAGGAGGAGGCGAUGCAGGCGCAGGGCGAAGUGGAGAGCCUGCAGGAGAAGGUGGUUCAGGCGCAGAAGGAGGCCCUGCAGACGCGGAAGCAGUGGCGGCAGACGAAGGCGGAGGCGGCGCAGAUCUUCGGGAAGGUUUCGCGAGCCAAGCUGGACCUGCAGAUGGCGGAGAGCGAGUGCGACCACGCGCACGACGUGGUGGACGGAGUGCUCGCCGACCUCGCGAAGCUCAGGGAGAAGCUGGACGAGUCCAAGCUAGUGAAUCAAAACAGCAACUCUCCCCCACUCACAGAUCACUCUGCCGCCUCCUUGUCCAACGUGGCGUCGCCGGUGCUGCCCCCUGGAUGGACCAAGUUCCUGGUGCUCGUGGUUCCGAGUCUGCUGUACGCCUUGUGAGACGUGUCCGAGGCUUCGAAACCGACCCAUGUAUUGCCACAGACAAGUGCAGUCUGUUUGUGACGGUGCAGAGCUGUUAUCAUAUCAGUGCAGUUGUAUUGGGUAGAAUGUAGGCUGAUCUACUUCCUCAGCGCUUCAGUGCGUCUGCAGGAUAUCUAGAUGUGAUAAUUACAUUCUCAUGUAUAUAAAAAUAAAAACAUUGCAUACCCUACAUAUGUAAAUAUGAACGCAGAAUAUUCUAUCGUAUAUGUGUUGUAUGUGGUAGAAUUGACAUACAUAUAUACAUAUGUAUAUCUAUGGUCACACAUAUCUUUGUGUUACAAAUAUAAUCAGAACUUGUAAAUAAACGUCAGCAGAUACGUCCGAUAUAUGUUAAUGUUACUGAAAGGUUGUAUGACCUCGUUGUUUUAUUUUCAGAAUUGUUUUUUUAUUAUUACCAGCUUUAUUAUACAAAAUGUGAAAGUCUAGGAAAAAAUAAAGGCUUUAACACGAAA